GACGAGGACGUCUACAUGAACCGAGAGGUGAAGAUGCAAGCUGCAGCCUUCAAAGACAAGAAACGAGGGGGCCCAGCCAAAGACCAAGACGCAGAUGACCCCAACUAUGAGAACAUCACCUUGACCUUCAGAAACCAGGACCCGCACAAAGGUGGCCUUUCACCACCCAAGAGUCAGGUCUCAGGCCAGGCCAAGCCACCCUCCGUUCCUGUGCAGCCCCCCAGCUGGCUGUACAGGGCCAUCAUGAGCCUGUACAUUCUGCUCGCCUUGACCUUCAUCUUCUUCAUCAUCCUCUCUGCCAUGGUCCUCGUGAAGAACUCUGAGAUGUCCCAGGAGCUGCUGGCCUUGAAGAGGGAGCUGUGGAAUGUCUCCAGUUUGAUGCAGGAGAACCUGGAAGAGCGGAACAGGAGCAAGGCCAGCCUCAAGAACAGCCUCGCUGAGUUGACAAAGUCCAUCAACACCGUCAGAAACGAAGUCCAGCGAGGGAUCAAGCUAACGGAGGCCCUGCAGAGAGACGUGACCAACAUCAAAAGUACCAUCCUGGUGAGGCUGGAGAACAAACUGACACAGCUGGAGACUAAGAUAAGUCCACCCCCUGCAGCAGCGCCGGCUUCUAAAUAAAUGAGAGGCCUUAACAGCUACAGCCUGGAGCUUGGAGGAAGGGGAUGCAUGCCCCUGAAGAAGCCCAAAGGAAGACACUUCCCCCUCCCCCCCAUGCUUGAGGUGAACUUGCCCCUCCCUGUCACGUGAAGAAAAUCACGUGUCUCCAUGAAUGUGUGUCACGGAGUUCUGUGUGUGUCUGUGCGUGAGCAUGUUGUGGUGAGGGGUGUGCCGGUGAAUUUUCUAGGAAUGUGCCACUGUGGUGCAUACACCCACGACGCUGUGUGUGUGUGUGUGUGUGUGUGUGUGUGUGUGCAUGUGAGCAUGUGAGGGCUCCAGGGUGUGCUGUGCAUGAAGGCAAGUCACAGGUGGAGCCGUGUCACAGAUACAUGUCACAGAUACGUGUCACAGGCCUUGGCGGCGUGGGCUCACUCUGUGGUGUGUCCUUCUCACGCCUGCGUGAACAUGUAUCAGGGCUCCGCGUGUGCCCGUCUGUUACACGCCAGGAGACGCUAUCACCAUGAGGGUGGGCGGGACGGUGCCUGUCCACAUGAUUGUCCCUGGUGAUGUCACCGUGUGUCUCCUGCCUGCCCAGCAUGUCUUGUGAUCCAGAAAAAUAAAGGCCAAGGG